GAAAUGUUUUACACUGUAGUGCAAGAGUUACAAAGAAAAUGGAAGAGUUUGAGGAAUUCAUUUUCUAGAGAACAGGCUAAAAGAAAGAAUUUGAAAUCUGGGUCAGGAGGAAGUACAUGGAAAACAUAUGUUUAUUAUAAUCAAUUAUCGUUUCUUUCUUCUUGUGCAGCAAAUAAACUGACAACUUCAAAUUUAAGUUCAUCACAUGAUUCUCCAGAUGAAAAUGAAAAUGACAUUGAAGAAGUUAAUAGCGACUUGAAUGAAACUACUGGAGAAGUUUUAGAAAAUGUUUUACGUCACAAGCCCGUCAAAAAGCAAAAAACUGUUGAAAAUGAAUAUGAAAAUGAAUUUUUCAACUCUGUAACGAAAAGUUUACAAGAAAGGGAACGCAGAGAAAAAGUAUACAUGGAAGAUCCAGAUCGCUUGUUUAUGUUGUCACUUGUUGAUGACCUUAAGCAAGUACCUGCCCAUUUAAAAAUGUCAGUAAAAUCGAAUAUUAUGCAAGCUAUAUCUAAUGGAUUGCAGAUGCAAAAACCUCCAGCUAUGACGGCGAAUUUUGAUCCAUAUUGUCAACUUAAUAAGCAGUACAGUAUCCCCAUGUCACCCUUAAUUCAUCAUACACAAUAUAAUAAUCAAUAUCACCGACCACAAUCCAACUUUCAACAACCAUUAGUGAUAACAGGGGAACAACAACAUAGCCCUUGUUCAUCUAAUCUUUCUAAUCACUCAUCAACAUCGAGGUCAACUUCUCUAUCAGAAUCGUCACAAAGCUACGUCUCUCCUAUUGAAACAUAUCCUAAUCAGUCAUCAAAUGAACCAAAUUUAGUAACAUAUAUAAAUGAUUACAAUAUUAAUGAUUGAUACUUUCAUAACAUAAAUAGUGUAAAAGUAGUUAAAUAUUAAAAUUGUUUAUCUAUUAUUAUUUAAGUAAUUUCUUUAAUUUUUAUAUUUCUGGUUGAUUUAUAGCAAGUUGUUUUAUCAUUAUUAUUUUAUUUUAAUAUUAUUUUUACAAAGGUGUUUAUUUUUUAUUUUAUUUUAUUUCAACUGUUCUUAUAUUUUAUACUAGUAUGUUUUAGUUUCUUUUUAUAUAAAUUUAGAUGUUAUAUUUAUCAUUUUAACUCUAAUAAAUUUCAGUGUUACUUAUUAAAGUACGUUUUAUAUCUUAAUUAUCUAUAUAGAUAAAAAAUAAACUUACCUUAAUGUUACAGCUAAUCGUUCUUCCGUAGUUAUCGACUUGCGCAUAUUUGUAUCCUCUUUUCGGAUAUCAUAUUUUAUAGCAUCGUGCAAUUCAAAAAACGAAUUCCUCGACAUACGAAAAUAAUUAAAAAACUUUGAAGGGUAUUGUAAGAGAUCAGGAAAUAAAUUUUGAAAAUGUCCUUUUUCAUUUCUUUGGCUGACAAUUGGAUGUACCCACAAUAGUCUUUGUUUUUUAAUUUUUUUGUUUCGUUUUUUAAUUAUUAGGGCAUA